CGUCGACUGCACUUUCAUUUCCGGGAUGUUUUUUCUGCUGACCAACCUCCAUCGCCAUUGCAGGUCCAGGGAGUCGGUGUAGUGGCAGUCGGUAUUUAGCCGGGGAAAUACCUCAACCGAAAGCUGACGGGACGAAUGAAAAGUACCCUCACACCGGCAACACACUCUGUGGAAGGUUUUGAAUCAUUUGAGAAGUGGGUUUUAGAGUAGAGCCUCCCUGGCUGUCCGGCUAGGACCUGUGAGAAGCAGCAGCCUUAGUUUGUUAGCAUUAGAAGAAAUCGGAGGAGGGUGACAGGGGAACCGCCAUGGCUCAGAUCCUUCCUAUUCGCUUUCAGGAGCAUCUACAGCUCCAAAAUUUAGGAAUCAAUCCAGCAAACAUCGGCUUCAGCACCCUGACCAUGGAGUCUGACAAAUUCAUCUGCAUCCGGGAGAAAGUGGGGGAGCAAGCCCAGGUUGUGAUCAUUGACAUGGCCGACCCCAAUACUCCGAUCCGGAGACCCAUCUCAGCCGACAGCGCCAUCAUGAACCCUGCCAGCAAGGUCAUCGCACUUAAAGCGGCCAAAACCCUUCAGAUCUUUAACAUUGAGAUGAAGAGCAAGAUGAAGGCACACACCAUGACAGACGACGUGACUUUCUGGAAGUGGAUCUCUCUGAACACGGUUGCUCUUGUGACUGACACCGCUGUCUACCACUGGAGCAUGGAGGGCGACUCUCAACCUGUCAAAGUUUUUGAUCGCCACUCCAGCCUGGCAGGCUGCCAGAUCAUCAACUAUCGCACCGAUGCCAAGCAGAAAUGGCUCCUUCUCAUUGGUAUCUCAGCUCAGCAAAACAGAGUGGUGGGAGCCAUGCAGCUCUACUCCGUUGAAAGAAAGGUUUCUCAGCCCAUCGAAGGCCAUGCUGCCAGCUUCGCCCAGUUCAAGAUUGAAGGAAACGCGGAAGAGUCAACUUUGUUCUGCUUUGCUGUGAGGGGUCAGGCUGGAGGAAAGCUGCACAUCAUUGAGGUGGGAACCCCACCGACUGGUAAUCAGCCAUUUCCAAAGAAAGCAGUGGAUGUCUUCUUUCCUCCUGAAGCACAGAAUGACUUUCCUGUGGCCAUGCAGAUAAGUGCAAAGCACAACGUGGUUUUCCUCAUUACCAAAUACGGCUACAUCCACCUGUACGACCUGGAGACUGGAACCUGCAUCUACAUGAACCGCAUCAGUGGGGAGACCAUCUUCGUCACGGCGCCACAUGAUGCCACUUCAGGCAUUAUUGGGGUCAACCGAAAGGGACAGGUGCUGUCUGUCUGUGUGGAAGAAGAAAACAUCAUUCCAUACAUCAACAAUGUGCUGCAGAAUCCAGAUCUCGCCCUCCGCCUGGCUGUCCGCAACAACCUGGCUGGAGCUGAAGAGCUCUUUGCACGCAAGUUCAACAAUCUGUUUGCUGCUGGCAACUACUCUGAAGCUGCCAAAGUUGCUGCUAAUGCACCAAAGGGAAUCCUUCGUACACCGGACACCAUCCGCCGCUUCCAGAGCGUUCCCACUCAGCCGGGCCAGACCUCUCCGUUGCUGCAGUACUUUGGUAUCCUGUUGGAUCAGGGCCAGCUCAACAAGUUUGAGUCCCUGGAGCUUUGCAGACCCGUCCUCCAGCAGGGACGAAAGCAGCUUCUGGAGAAGUGGUUGAAGGAAGACAAGUUGGAGUGUUCAGAGGAACUGGGCGAUCUGGUGAAGGCGGUGGAUCCGACUUUGGCCCUCAGCGUGUAUCUGCGGGCGAAUGUCCCCAACAAGGUCAUUCAGUGCUUUGCAGAGACUGGUCAGUUCCCCAAAAUCGUCCUGUAUGCCAAGAAGGUGGGCUACACCCCGGACUGGAUCUUCCUGCUCAGGAACGUGAUGCGCAUAAACCCAGAGCAAGGACUGCAGUUUGCACAGAUGCUGGUCCAGGAUGAAGAGCCAUUAGCAGACAUCACACAGAUUGUGGAUGUUUUCAUGGAGUACAACCUGAUCCAGCAGUGCACCUCUUUCCUCCUCGACGCUUUAAAGAACAACAGACCGUCAGAAGGGCCACUGCAGACUCGCCUGUUGGAGAUGAACCUCAUGCACGCCCCACAGGUUGCUGAUGCUAUCCUGGGCAACCAGAUGUUCACACACUAUGACCGUGCUCACAUCGCCCAGCUGUGUGAGAAGGCUGGCCUUCUUCAAAGGGCUUUGGAGCACUACACAGACCUGUAUGACAUCAAGCGUGCUGUGGUGCACACACACCUCCUCAACCCUGAGUGGCUGGUGAACUUCUUCGGUUCGCUGUCGGUGGAAGAUUCAAUGGAGUGCCUCAGGGCCAUGCUCUCUGCUAACAUCCGCCAGAACCUGCAGAUCUGUGUUCAGGUGGCUUCCAAGUACCAUGAACAGCUCUCCACUCAGUCGCUCACGGAGCUCUUCGAGUCCUUCAAGAGCUUCGAAGGUUUGUUCUACUUCCUGGGCUCUAUUGUGAACUUCAGUCAGGAUGCCGAAGUCCACUUCAAGUACAUCCAAGCUGCCUGCAAGACGGGCCAAAUUAAAGAGGUGGAGAGGAUCUGCAGAGAGAGCAACUGCUACGAUCCGGAGCGUGUCAAGAACUUCCUCAAGGAAGCCAAACUCACUGACCAGCUGCCGCUCAUCAUCGUCUGUGAUCGGUUUGAUUUUGUCCACGAUCUUGUCCUCUACCUGUACAGAAACAGCUUGCAGAAAUACAUCGAGAUUUAUGUCCAGAAGGUGAAUCCCAGCCGUCUCCCAGUCGUCAUCGGGGGCCUCCUGGAUGUGGACUGCUCCGAGGACGUCAUCAAGAGUCUGAUCCUGGUCGUCAGAGGACAGUUCUCCACGGAUGAACUGGUUGCAGAGGUGGAGAAGAGGAACAGACUGAAGCUGCUGCUGCCCUGGCUGGAGUCCCGCAUCCAUGAAGGCUGUGAAGAACCUGCUACCCACAAUGCUCUGGCAAAGAUCUACAUCGACAGCAACAACAACCCGGAACGCUUCCUGCGGGAAAACCCGUUCUACGACAGCCGUGUGGUGGGAAAGUACUGCGAGAAGAGAGACCCUCACCUGGCCUGCGUGGCCUAUGAGCGGGGACAGUGCGACCAGGAGCUCAUCAAUGUUUGCAAUGAGAACUCUCUGUUCAAGAGCUUGUCUCGCUACCUAGUGAGACGUAAAGACGCUGAGCUGUGGGCCAGCGUGUUGCUGGAGAGCAACCCCUACAGACGGCCACUCAUUGACCAGGUGGUCCAGACAGCUCUGUCGGAGACCCAGGACCCUGAGGAGGUUUCGGUCACCGUCAAAGCCUUCAUGACUGCUGACCUGCCCAAUGAGCUCAUUGAGCUGCUGGAGAAAAUAGUAUUGGACAACUCCGUCUUCAGUGAACACAGGAAUCUGCAGAACCUUCUGAUCCUGACCGCAAUCAAAGCCGACCACACGCGUGUGAUGGAAUACAUUAGCAGGCUGGACAACUACGACGCUCCUGAUAUUGCAAACAUCGCUAUCAGCAAUGAACUUUUCGAGGAGGCGUUCGCCAUUUUUAAGAAGUUUGACGUCAACACCUCAGCCGUGCAGGUGCUCAUCGAGCACAUCGGCAACCUGGACCGGGCCUAUGAGUUUGCAGAACGCUGCAAUGAACCUGCUGUGUGGAGCCAGUUGGCCAAGGCUCAGCUCCAGAAGGAGCUGGUUAAAGAAGCCAUUGAUUCUUACAUCAAAGCAGACGACCCGUCUGCAUACAUGGAGGUGGUCCAGGCAGCUGAUAAGAGUGGUAACUGGGAGGAUCUCGUCAAGUUCCUCCAGAUGGCUCGCAAGAAGGCUCGUGAGUCCUACGUGGAGACAGAGUUGAUCUUUGCCUUGGCCAAAACCAACCGCCUGGCCGAACUCGAGGAAUUCAUCAACGGACCCAACAACGCUCACAUUCAGCAGGUCGGCGACCGCUGCUACGACGAGAAAAUGUACGAAGCGGCCAAACUGCUUUACAACAACGUCUCCAACUUCGGCCGCCUGGCUUCCACGCUGGUGCACCUGGGAGAGUAUCAAGCCGCUGUGGACGGAGCCCGCAAGGCCAACAGCACCCGCACCUGGAAGGAGGUGUGCUUCGCCUGCGUGGACGGCCAGGAGUUCAGACUGGCCCAGAUGUGCGGCCUCCACAUAGUGGUGCAUGCUGACGAGCUGGAAGAGCUCAUCAACUAUUACCAGGAUCGCGGCUACUUUGAGGAGUUGAUCACCAUGCUGGAGGCGGCGCUGGGCCUGGAGCGCGCUCACAUGGGCAUGUUCACAGAGCUGGCCAUCCUGUACUCAAAGUUCAAACCCCAGAAGAUGAGGGAGCAUCUGGAGCUGUUCUGGUCCCGAGUUAACAUCCCGAAGGUCCUGAGAGCGGCGGAGCAGGCACACCUGUGGGCCGAGCUGGUCUUCCUUUACGACAAAUACGAGGAGUUUGACAACGCCAUCAUCACCAUGAUGAAUCACCCAACAGACGCCUGGAAGGAGGGCCAGUUCAAAGACAUCAUCACCAAAGUGGCCAACGUAGAGCUGUACUACAAAGCUGUUCAGUUCUACCUGGAGUUCAAGCCUUUGUUACUGAAUGACUUGCUGAUGGUGCUCUCCCCUAGACUGGAUCACUCUCGUGCUGUAAAUUUCUUCUCUAAGGUGAAACAGCUGCCUCUGGUCAAACCCUACCUCCGCUCAGUACAGAACCACAACAACAAAUCCGUCAACGAAGCGCUUAACAACCUCUUCAUCACAGAAGAGGACUAUCAGGCUCUGAGGACAUCAAUAGAUGCCUACGACAACUUUGACAACAUCUCGCUGGCCCAGCGCCUGGAGAAACAUGAGCUGAUUGAGUUCAGAAGAAUCGCCGCCUACCUCUUCAAAGGCAACAACCGCUGGAAACAGAGUGUGGAGCUGUGCAAGAAGGACAAGCUCUACAAGGACGCCAUGCUGUACGCAUCAGAGUCCAAAGAUGUGGAGCUGGCAGAGGAGCUGCUGUCCUGGUUCCUGCAGGAAAACAAGAAGGAGUGUUUCGCCGCCUGCCUUUUCUCCUGCUAUGACCUGCUGCGGCCCGACGUGGUGCUGGAAACCUCCUGGAGACACAACAUCAUGGACUUUUCUAUGCCAUACUUCAUUCAGGUCAUGAGGGAGUACCUCUCCAAGGUCGACAAGCUUGAAACCUCAGAAUCCCUAAGAAAAGAGGAGGAGCAGGCAACAGAGACGCAACCCAUCGUCUACGGAACACCUCAGCUGAUGCUGACGGCAGGCCCCAGCGUCCCCGUGGCCCCACAGCAAGCUUACGGCUACGGCUACCAGGCCCCUGCAGGCUACGCCCAGCCAGCGGCUCAGCCAGGCUUUGGCUACGGCAUGUGAAGACCCCACCUCCUGUCUGUCCACAUCCAGGCUCCAUCCAGCUCCCAACAGUCCUUCACCACACCUUUAUUAUCGCCUCUCUGCCCUCUACUAGGAGCGGGGAGAUGAUACUGACAAACUAUUACUUUUUUUUUUCUUUUUUACUUUUCCUUUGUUUGGAACUGUCAUGAAGGACUCAGUUUGUCAAAAAGAUUAAAUCAGAUUAAUUUUCUCACAUUCCGUAUUGACUAGAUUAAUUUUCUUGUAUUUUAUUUGAAUGGGGGACAUGGUUAAUGUACAAUGGGUGGGGCUUGUGAGGAGAGCCAGUUCUCUUCUCAGAUUUACGGUCUGUUAAGCAUCUGAUUUUGCACUCUAUAGUGAGAAGAUAAUGUAGAACCUCUUCCUGUCCUCGUGUGAGCAGCUUCGUUUUUGUCCGACCGUACAACGCGUUGAAUUGUAGUAUAUUCAGACACCAAAACUUGCUUCUGUGUUCUUUGUUUUGUUCUUUUUCUCGCAACAUCAGACUGCUGCUUUCAUGACUAUAAUCCUGAAAACACUACGUUUUACUGGUCCCCAUGCUCGCUCUUCAGGGCUGUUUGGUUGAAGAAAAUCUAAGACUUAUUUUACAUACAAUGUACAGGAAAGUUUGAUUCUUUCCAGCAAAAGCCUAUGCAGAAGUCUCUAAACUCGGUUCUUCUCGGAAAACAUUUCUAUGUGCUUUACACACUGCUUUAACACGGGACCAUUCUGCCUCAGGAGGGACUGCAGACCUGUGUGUGUGUGUGUGCGACUAACAUGCCCCUGUCCUACUCUGGUUUGUAUCAGUUUGGUCACUGUUGCCAAUUGUGCAGGAGACUUUUUUUUUUUCUGUUCUUUUAUUUUUUUUUUUUUUUUCUUUGCUCCACACUUUCUCCUUGUGUCCUGUUGUGGGGUUGCAUUUAAUGUUUUCAGUUGACCUACUCAUCCAAAUCUGAAACGAUGUCAAAACGUGGGGGGGUUUGACAUUUUUACUAAAGGCUUGCUUGUAUACAGAAAAAUCAAUCAUUAACUCCUUAUAUUCUUAUCUAAAUUACCUUAGAUUUAAAUUGUGCACUUACGAUACUUGAUUGUGCAUAAUCAGGAUCAUAAUGAAUGAAACAGCGGUUUUGUUUCCACUUAAAAAAAUAAAUAAAAUAAAGGCUUUGUUUGUCAAGA